UGAUUACGCUCUCGCGCCAUUCUGAUGUCUUCAGUAGGUAUCAUACGUUGGCAACGAGUACGCUGAAUUUGGUGGAAACUAAAAACUCUGCAAACAAAUGACUGAAGUCGAUGGUAUCAUGCCGGAGGCAACCACGCAACCCGUUUCCUCAACUCUCACCAUAACUGAGGAUCACUCAGCGCCUACAAGUUACACCGAAGGUAGUGCUUCGGCAAUCAUCCCCAACGACGGGCAGCAAUUAAAAGAUCAGCAGAAUGGUGUAAACAAAAUUAUUAAAAGUCGAGUUUCAGACGUCGACUGUCAUAACGAACAAAUGGACGUUGAUUGCGCCGACACCGAGGAAGAUGAUUCUCAAAUGACGGCCUCAUCCACUACAGAAAACGGACUUGGUGGUGGUGAAGACAGCAAGAUAACAGCUUGCGCGAAUGAUGGCCCUAAACAAUCCAGUAAUGAUACGAAAGCCGAUGCGUCCACCCCAGCAACUGUUCCCAUUAUUGCAACUGUGAAACAAAGUUCAACAACUAUAUCCAAUGACGAAUUACAAAACUCCAAUACAUGCACGGACAAAUCAGCUGGCGGCGAAAGUGACGCAGAUGUAGACGACACGCAGCGCUCGCGAAGCACUUUGGGAGAAGCAAGUGAUCCUAAAGACAACAGUAAUGCUCCGAGCGAAAACGUAGAAAGGCCAGCCACAGUUAGCAGCAACACCGAUAGCGUCAGUGAAGUAGAGGGCGCCGAUACCACCAGUCAGGAUGAGAAGGAAGUCAAGUGUCAGGAACUCCAAGCAAAUUCCACAAAAGGAGAGAAUGAUGACAGCAGGAGCGGUGAAUGUCAUGAAGCAAUGGAUAUUUCGGGGGAUCCACUUGCGAUCAGCAAUGAGAUAAAGUCGAAAUCUCAAAAGAAAGAAAACGGUAUUUCAAAGAGUGACGCUAGUGGCUUUGUUGAUCUAGGAGACGACUCGGACGAUGAAGUGAUAACAGUUCCUAAAGGGACUACCGCUGAUACAACACUGAACAUCUCUGAAAACAGUACCGCAACGCCGAAGGCUAGUUCAGUACGUAAAACGCGAUCGAUCUGUAGUGACUCGGAUGGUGCCGUAGUUAUUGCAUCGGAUUCAGAUACAGAAGCAAAUACAACGUCUACAAAACCGAAACCAUCUGAUGAAACACAAAUCAUAGAUGAUGAUGAAGAUGAUGAUUGUGUAGUAAUAGAAGACGACACACCGGCGCCAACGGUAAACGAUCUAAGUAAGCGCAAAAGUUUAGCCAUUGAUUCACCACAACACUCUGAUGAUUCACAGCCGCCAAGUAAGCGUCUGCGUAACGUGGGGUCGGGUACCAAUACCAAUCAAAUAUCGAUCAAAGAUGCAAGAUCACUCUUGGCUCAAGAUACAGCCGCCGCCACUGCAGCUGCUGUUGCCGCUGCUAAGAAAGUGGCUGAGAGUAAUGUAUAUCCUGUGAAUAUAACGCCAGCAGCUGGCGUUGUACUACCCAGCGGGCCACCAAAACUCAUACCCGUAAUACCAGUUGGCAUGCCAAUAGCGAGCUCCGCAAUCGCCAACACAUCAUUUUCAGGGCUCAAUGCCGCAAAUUUACUUCCAGGUCUCACUGACGAUAUGUUUGUUCUGGAGGCGCCUUCAUUUAUCGUUCCCUAUAUAUAUGAGAAACCGCCUGCAGACAAUCUCAAAAAUAUUGUUAAAAAUAUCGAAGACACAUAUAAAUUGACAAAAGAAGAUCUCGCCGAGGUCGAUAAAGAGGAUGAAUUUGACAUGAUCACAGAGCAAAAUAAGGAGGAUAAGGAAGAGAAAACUAGCAAAAAGAAGAAACGGAGACGUGGUGGUGACGAGCCUGAUGAAUCUUGGUCUGAGGAAUCGGAUGAAGAUGAUGACGAUGACGAUGAUGAUGAUUCGGAGUCCGGGCUGCGCACUAAAGUGUUAAUAAAGGAAGCCGGCGAUGAUUUUCCAGCACUGAAAGGCGCUAUUAAGCCAACAGCGGCACUUGUCCAAUCACCUAGUUCAUCAGCACAAAACGCCAGUGUGGCCUCCAAACUCGGGCAAGAUAAUUAUUUCGAAAGUCCAUUGGGUAAAUUUUUCAUGGACAUCGGUGUGGGCCAGGUGCAAGAGUUUGUUCAGUCCGAUUUGAUACGAUUGCAAAAACGUAAAAUGCGCAAAAGUCUUGGCAAAAACAUUACAGAAUUCGAACGUGCUAUAUCAGCACUAUCAGGCAACUUGGAGGCAUCUCGAAAGAAGAACACGCCAUUCAAAUUUACUAUGAAACGAUGUGAGUUUUGCAAUUUCAAGUCCGAGUCUGCACUUGCGAUGGCCAAUCACUACGAAACGCCACAUAUGAAUGGCCCCUUGUAUAAGUGUAACUUUUGUCCUUUCGAGAUUCGCAAUGCUACCGAAAUUGUUUAUCACAUGGAAGCGAUACAUAAUAUCAAAGCGCGUCUUAUCAAACCCUUGCCGUAUCAUCAGUGCCCGAACUGUGGCUUUGAAGACAACGGUAAAGCAAAAUUAGGCCGCCAUCAACCAGUUUGUGCGAAGAAAUUCCGGCCUGAAAUAAACUUGGCACCGCCUGCUGACUGGGAAGCUCCAGCGAAGAUACCACGAAUCAAGCCACGUCACGGACUUGUGGGCACUGCGACGGCAUAUCAGGCUAUGGCUGCUCAAGCUGCAGCACAAAAGGCAGCCCUUGCAUCUAUACAGCAACAGCAACAAGCAGCAGCACAAGCACGCAGCAUGCAAGCGGCUGCGAUGGCUGCCCAAAACGCAGCGAACAAAGCCCGCGGUCGCCCUACAACUAUCGCGUCACAAAAAGCUGGUUCUUUGUCAACUGGAGCAUUGCUUCGUGGGCCCGCACCUAUAAGAUCCCAAAUGGCUACUAAUGUGGUGCAACCCAAUAACUAUCAAGUACCAGGAGGGCAACUGUUGCAAGCAGCCAAUGCUUUUGCAAAAAAGACGCUUUCCGGUCAACCGAGUAUUUCAAUAACUCCACUACCUCGCCAAAACAAUGCACAGCCGGUUGUGUCAGCACCGUCGACAAGCAAAAUGCCCCCGGCUGGUAUGAAGCCUGGUCAAAAUCCAAUGGGUGCUGGUGGUGGUAAUAGCAAAGCACAGUUCGUCAUCUGUGAAAUAUGCGAUGGCUAUAUUAAGGAUCUUGAACAGCUACGCAACCACAUGCAAUGGAUGCACAAAGUGAAGAUACACCCAAAAAUGAUAUACAACCGACCGCCGUUGAAUUGUCAAAAAUGUCAAUUUCGAUUCUUUACCGACCAGGGUCUGGAACGGCACUUGUUGGGCUCUCAUGGUUUGGUCACAAGCUCGAUGCAGGAAGCCGCAAAUAAGGGAAAAGAUGCCGGCCGGUGUCCAGUUUGUGGCAGGAUGUAUCAAUGGAAGUUAUUGAAUCACGUGUCGCGCGAUCAUCAUAUGACAUUAAAACCUGCACAUUUGUCAUACAAAUGUACAGUGUGUACCGCCACUUUCGGUAUGUACAAACAAUUCGAGACACAUGUGUAUACGGCGCAUAGUACCGUCGCUAAGAAGGCUAUGGAUGGCAAGAAGAAUAGUGCAGCUGCUGCGGCGGCCGGUGGUAUGCCCAGCGGAAGUGGAAUGGGCAUUGGUGGUGGACUCAGUCAUCAGCAGCGUAGUAAUUUAAUGGCAGCGAAUGAUUCGCUAUUAAAACCGCUUAAAAUAAAUGAUGAGAUAACAAUUAUACCGCAGCCAGCGUCAAAGCCACGUAUUACGAACAUGGAAAGUCACAUCAUAGAUUAAACAUGCUAUAAUUAAAAUGCAUUAGAACAUAUUAAAUAGAAUGUAUGUAUACAAAGGAUAGUGAAAGAAAACCACGUGGUGGUAAGAGCGUUCUUUACAUUUAUCGAUAAGGUCGCAUUUCGUACUUUGCUUUGUUCCGAUGCUACCACGAUCCACAACCACACACCUGUUAAAGUAACUACAUACCCCACAUUGCUGCAACAUACAUACAAACAGCCGCAGCCCAGCUACGCUAAACCACAACUCAGCUUCGAGGGACAGAGAGCCCGGUCAUCGUCAUUCGAUCAAGUGGACUGGAUGUACUCCGCCCCAAAUAUUUUAAAAAACUACUUUUACACAACUUGUGUGACAGCAAAACACACUUAAAUUGAAGGGGUGUGGUUGCUUCUAUGGGGGGUGAUAAAGCAAACACGCUUUGUGUGAUUUUGCCGGUACAUAAGUUUAUUUAUUAAUUCUGUUAGUAUGUAAUAAAACUUUAAAGAUGUGGAAAACCAGCGGUAAGCACAUUAAUGGCGUGUAAAUUAGUAAAAUAAUAAAGGAUAAAAAAUAAAAGUAUAAGUGAAUAUAUAUUAGUUUAUAGAAAAAUACAAAUCACACACCACCCGAACUCACUCUCAGAAUUAAAAUAAAAAAAAAAAUUUAUUAAACUCUUGAACAACAAGUAGCUCAAAGAGUUUUUGGGAAGCUGAAACAAAUUUGUUAAUUUGAAAAUAUUUCUGUCAAUCGUGUGUUCUGUGGUUCCAGAGGGGAAAGUUUGAGCCUUGAGUGAGUAUAGCCUAGAGAUAAUGGACAUAAAAAGCGCUAGAGCGAAGUAAUUGAAGGAUUUCGGUUGAAGAGUGUUUUACUUUUACACAGGAUCAAUGAAUGCACGCACUUUCUUUGACAAUUUUUUGUUAAAUAAAAAAUUCUUUAAUCCGAUCCCAUUUUCCGUGGUAUUUAUUUCAUAACAGGUUUGUUCUUACUCUUGCAACAACAGUAGUUCCAAGUUGCUGCAAAUUUCUCAAUAACAAGUAAGGACCACAAUAUGCUAAUGAAAACUAAUACUAUAUGCGCAAAGCAUUAUCAUUCAUACUGUAUUAAAAUCGCAAGGUUUAGGCAAUGGCUGAUUAUAGCCCAUUUGACUUAA